AUGACAAAUGCUAUGACAGUAACUAAGAUUAAGCUAAAGCUUGUGCGCAGGAACAGGCGUGUGAGCUGGGCAGACAGUGUUGUUGAUAACGAAGGACUUGGGAGGAUGAAGAGCAAUGUUUGCUGUAUAUUCUGUUCGAAAAGCAAAGACAAGGAUAAAAACAAAUAUGAAAGAUUGUGA